UUGUUUUGUCCUUCAUUUUCGUUUCACGCAACAGAAGAAAGCUGAAGAGGAGAGAGAAACUUUAGAGUAGGGGGAGAGAGAGAAAGGGGAAGGGAAAAAGGUAGACCACGAAAUUUGAGGAAGAAAAGGAGAAGAGGAAAGAAGAAUAGGGAAGAGGGCUGUGUUGGGAGCAGAUCAGUCAUCACCACCAUCAUCGCAUCUUCAUCUUUCAUUUUAACAUAUUUGGUAAGAAUUCUGUAAUCUUGUUUCUUUGGAGAGGUUUUCUUCAAUUUGUUCCUCAAGUUUCGUCUGUGUAAUUAGGCACUACCUUAGUGGUGUUAGUAUAAUUAACCCUAUAUUAUAUGAAAUAAAAAAAAAGGUCAGCUUUUUUUUUUUUUACCUACCCCGCUCUCUUUUUCCACAUUUUAUCCUUUACCAACAAAAAAAAAUUACUCCUAUUAUAAGAAAUGUUUUAGAAAGGGAAAAAGGAAGGAGUUAUGAAGCCUCUUGGAAUAUCACUAUGAAAGUUCAUCAUAUAAAGUUGGAUGGUUGGCUAGCCAUUGAUCUACUUAACAAGAUUCCUUUAUUUCUACUGGUCCUCUAGAUCUUUCUAUGAGAGAGUGAUUUUUCAGAAUUGCAUUUAAAAGAAUUGAAAAAUAUUGACCCGUACAGAAAGUGAAGUCAGAAAGGAUAAGACUAGGGCUCUUUUUAGGAUGCCCAAUGAAAGAAGAGAGCUUCAAGGCUAAGAAUUGACUCCCUAGUAAAGUUUGCAAGACCCUUUAUUUUAUAUGAUGUUAUACACACUACAUAAUCUGUAUAGAGAAGGAAGGUCACCACAAUAAGCUGUGGAAAUAUGGCAAAAUUAGAAUCAACCUCUGAUCUUCAAUUUGUGGAUGAUUUCUACUUCUCUAUUCUCUUUGAUCAUGAAAAUGAAGAAAAUCAGAUUUUCCCAAUAUCAGAUGCCAAGUAUGCUGAAGAGCUGCAGUUCCAAGAGACUGUAAUGGCAUCUUUGAUCACUGCCCAAAUGUCCAACAAUCCCGUGCCAUUGAUAACCCUAGAAAGUUCAUCUUCCAACCCAGAAAAACCAAUUGAGAUUGCAGAAGAAGUUGGCGAAUCUUCGCACAGCUUCUGCGAAAUUUGUGUGGAAAAGAAAGAGAGCGAUGACAUGUUUAGGAACCAAACUUGUCACCACUCCUUCUGUUCUGACUGCAUAAGCAAACAUGUUGCUACCAAGAUCCAAGAGAACACGAGAGUUGUUCUGUGCCCGGGUGUGGAGUGCCAAGGAGUGCUAGAAUUUGAUGAUUGUAGGUCGAUGAUUCAGAAGGAUGUGCUUGAAAGGUGGGAUGAAGUGUUGUGCGAGUCUAUGUUUUUGGCAUCUGAAAUAUUUUACUGUCCUUUCAAGGACUGCUCUGCCAUGAUGCUUAAUGACGGUGCUGGAGAAGUCAUCAGGGAAUCCGAGUGUCCGGUGUGCCGGAGACUAUUCUGCGCGCAGUGUUAUGUCCCGUGGCAUCCGGGGAUUGAGUGCGAGGAGUUUCAGAUUUUGAAUGAGGAUGAAAGAGGGAGAGAAGAUCUGAUGGUGAGAGAGCUUGCUAGGGAGAAGAACUGGAUGAAAUGCCCACACUGCAAUUAUUAUGUUGAGAAAACAGAGGGUUGUAUACAUAUGACUUGCAGGUGUGGGUUUCAGUUUUGCUAUGCAUGUGGAGCAACUUGGACUCAAACUCACGGUGGUUGCCGACCGCGAUUGGCAGUGUGAAGAAAUGCGUGAUAUAUGUUGGAAAUCAGUGUUAUCUAUUUCGGGUCCAAGGCCUCUUUUGGCUAGCUCUGUUAGUCCAUUUGUGUCCACAAAGUCUUGUCAAUUUCAGUAAGCGAAAUGCAUGAUCUCGGGCUAAUUCAGGUCAUUGUGGCAUUAUUGUGUAUUAAAUAUUUUGAAAUGCGGUAUUGCUCUUAUUUUAGCAGUCUA